AUGGAAAUGGGAAUGAUAAUAAUUGGAGCUGAUGCUUUUAAUCCUACUACCGUAUUAAAAUUGAUAAAUAAAGAGCGUUCUAAACAAAGAUUACGACCUUUAACUUUACAUGGUGCUCUUUCGAAAGCUGCCCAAUUUCAAGUUAAUUACUGCGCUAGAUUUAAUAAACUUACACAUAGUAAUCCUGCUGGUCCUAUUGGUACUAGACUUCUAAGAUUUAAAUAUACUUGGUCAACUGCUGGUGAAAAUCUUGCUUCAGGAUUUAGUGUUGGUUAUAAGAAUGGUUAUUGGUGUGCUGAUUUCGCCACAUUACUUAAGUAA